UCCUAUCCUCACUGCGCCUGCUUAACAGCUUUCGUUUCGUGCCACACUGAACAGCCUCACGGUCGCCGAGAACACCUCGCGACAUGUCGUCGCGGCGAUCGGCGGCCAUGAUAGCGAUCAGCGUGGCCCUGCUCGCGCUCUCCGUGGCGGAGACGACCGGCACCGAUGGCAAGGCUGUUGGCACCGAUGGCAAGACAGUUGUGUGCUACUGGCAAUCGUGGUCACACAAGAGGCCGGCCCCACAUACGUACACCGUCGACGACAUCCCCGUUCAUCUAUGCACGCACGUGAUCUACUCCUACGCCAAGUUGGAUAAGCGUGCCAGUAGCCUGUACCUGGACAAAACAUUUGACACGGGGGAAGAUGGAUACAUUCGAUUCCUGGGCCUAAGAGAGAGAAACCCCAAAGUGAAGCUCCUGCUUGCCCUGGGAGACCGGUACGGCAGCGACAAUGCCGCCUGGCAGGAAGCGGUCCACGACCCGUCCAGGAGGUACCGCGUCGUGACCAUGGUCUACAGGCUGCUGAGGGAGUGUAACUUUGAUGGCGUUCACAUCAACUGAGAGAUAGCCAACGGAAAUGAGGACAGCGGCACUGACAAUGCAUUCGUCAAGUUCGCUUGGCAAAUACAAAGGACCUUGAACCGACACGGCAAUUUCAUUAUGAGCUGCGUCAUCGUCCUGCCAAAACAGAAAGCCGUCUACAGCUUCCUGCCUGAGCUCGUACCGUAUGUCGACUUUUUCCACGCCAGCGUUCGGAGCGUAUCAACUGGCAUCAUCGGCACGUUUAACAGCACGGACAGGAACAAAGGCGCCUUGUCUACGCCUUUGUCCCCCGCAGACAUCAGCCGUAGUCUACAAUACCUAUUGGAAGCCGGCUUGCCCCAUGAAAAACUUCUCCUUGAAGUUCCAUUCUCGGGGCUCGAAGUUCGCUCGAGUCUUGAGCCUUCUAAGGAGCGUGCCGACGAAAAUCACGAUAUAAUUCCGUAUUUUAAGGUGUGCGUGAUGCUUCGCAGCGGAGUUCCUUCGAAGUGGGACGAACAAAGGCUGUCGUCCUACUUACUUCUUGGGGAUGGUCAGCGUGUAUUUUAUGACGACGCUGACAGCGUACGUCGAAAGGUGAUUCUCGCAAGAUCUACAGGAAUCGGAGGGGUCGUUGCAUGGGCAGAGGAUGGGGACAACCAGGAUGCAGCAUGCAAGCGCAAGAACGACCUGCUUAAAGGCAUUGUCGAAGGCAUGAAUGCGGAUAUUAAUUUGCCGGAUAUCACCACAAUGCAAGCAGCACAUGUAGGAAUAUCAAGAACAUCAUCAGUUCCGAAUUUCUGGAAGGAGAAUGCAACUGAAGGAUUGAGAAUCACUGUUGACCUUACAGAGACAGAAGGCUCACACACAUCACCAUCAGGAACACCAUUGGGAUCAAGUUUCUGGAGCGAAAAUGCCAUGAAAAAUGCGGGAACCACUACUGAUCAUACAGUUACAGAAGACUCGUACACAUCGAUAUCAGAAACAUCAUCUGUUCCAAGUCUCCGGAGGAAGAACGCCACAGAAAAUGCGGGAACCGCUGUUGAUCAUAGAGUUACAGAAGGAUCGUACACAUCGAUAUCAGAAACACCAUCCGUUCCAAGUCUCUGGAGCAAGAACGCCACAAAAAAUGUGGGGACCACUGCGCAUUAUGCAGUUACAGAAGGCUCGUACGCAUCGAUAUCAGAAACAUCAUCUGUUUCAAGUCUAUGGAGCAAGAAUGCCACAGAAAAUGUGGGAACCACUGCGGAUCAUACAGUUACGGAAGGCUCGUACACAUCGCUAUCGGAAACAUCAUCUCUUCCAAGUCUCUGGAGCAAGAACGCAACAGAAAAUGUGGGAACCACUGCGGAUCAUACAGUUACGGAAGGCUCGUACACAGCGAAAUCAGAAACAUCAUCCGUUGCAAGUUUCUGGAGCAAAAACGCCACAGAAAAUGUGGGAACCACUGCGGCUCAUGCAGUUACGGAAGGCUCGUACACAUCGAUAUCAGGCACAUCAUCUGUCCCAAGUUUCUGGAACGAGAACGCCACAGAAAAUGUGGGAACCACUGCGGAUCAUACAGUUACGGCAGGCUCGUAAACUGUGAAAUCAGAAACAUCAUCUGUUCCAAGUCUCUGGAGCAAGAACGCCACAUAAAAUAUGGGAACCACUGCGGAUCAUAAAGUUACAGAAGGCUCGUACACAUCGACAUAGGAAACGUCAUCUGUUCCAUGUCUCUGGAGCAAGAACGCCACAGAAAAUGUGGGAACCACUGAGGAUCAUGCAGUUACGGAAGGCUCGUACAC